AUGUUUUCACGAAACCGUUCCAAUAAUCAACUGCCAGAGUUUGGCGAAGACAGUGAGAUGAGAAAUGAUGAUAAGGAAAAAGGCAAGAGUGCCCCAUGGAAAAUGCAAUAUGAACAAGAUAAAAAUAGAGUAUAUUGGAGAUACAUCUCACUUUUGUUUAUAAUGUGGCUUGUUGUUAUUCACUACUAUGAAAAUAUAGUUGUUAAGAGGGCCAUGAUGAAAUGUAACUGGUCAAAAUGGGAGCAAUGGCCUAAAGAUGCCCAAAGUCAUAAAGUGGCACUGUUUGCUGAUCCACAAAUUAUGGACGCACAUUCUUAUCCAGGACGACCUGCUAUUGUCAAUUAUUUUACAAGAGUGUUGUUAGAUCACUAUCAUGAACGAAAUUGGAAAUAUGUUAAUUAUUACCUGGAGCCCAACACAAAUUUCUUUCUAGGAGAUUUAUUCGAUGGUGGCAGAUAUUGGGAAGAUGAGUAUUGGUUUCAGGAGUAUUCAAGAUUUCAUAAGAUAUUCCCUAAGAAGGAGUCCGUAAAAACGAUAAUGUCUUUACCUGGAAAUCAUGACAUCGGCUUCGGUGAUACGGUGAUUGAAUCUAGUUUAAAUAGAUGGACAGCAUAUUUUGGUGAACCAUCCUCUUAUCAUGAUUUUGGAAAUCAUACUUUUGUCCUUGUUGACACCAUUUCAUUGUCAGAUAAAGCUAACCUUAACAUUUCUAAGGUACCUCGAGAAUUCAUGAAUAAAUUUGCUGAAGGGGAACACCCGUUACCUAAAUUUUUAUUAACGCAUGUACCACUGUGGAGAAAUGCAAAGCAACAGAAUUGUGGUUCUUUGAGGGAAUCAAAGAAGACAUUCCCCAUUCAGAAAGGUGAUCAAUAUCAAACUGUCAUCGAUUCUGCUGCCUCACAAGAAAUUCUUUCUCUAAUUCAACCAAGCUUUUUAUUUUCUGGAGAUGACCACGAUUAUUGUCGAGUGACGCACACUUACACAGCAAACGGCAAGACGAAACAUGCAGAAGAGAUUACUGUCAAAUCUUGUGCUAUGAAUAUGGGGGUAAGUAAGCCAGCUAUUCAAUUACUCUCCUUAUAUAACCCAGAUCAGCUGCCCAAUGGUGAUACAUUCCAGACAGAGCUUUGUUUCAUGCCUGAUCCAUAUAAGCCAAUAAAAAUGUAUUUGGUAAUGAUAUUGUUUUCCGUUAUGACCUUCGGAUAUAUCCAUUUGUCUCCGAGGACAUUCAAUCAGACAGUGGCUCCUCGUUUGGCCAAGACCUUUAGAAUGAGAAGAACAGCAGAAAUAGAAUUACCACUCACGUCGCCAUCUGCCAGAACGAAGGAGGACGGGACAGCAAUCGAUCCUACAAAGUUCAAAGUUAAUGAACGUAGUUCCAUUUCAGGAUUCAUAAUUAACGCAUUUACCUUAUUGGUGAUGGUGCUUUGCAUAUUCUAUUAUUAUUAUUUCAUUAUUUAA